AUGUAUUCAUUACACACAAUUUGUACAGAGCACCUCGAGGCGUUUGUGCGACCCGUCCCCAUCAUCCCAAUCAUCCCCAUCCCCUCCUUCCCUCCCUGCCCCGGACCGCCCUCGGGCACCUCCCCGGCCGCUGCCCCUUUACCUCGGGAGGGCAGAGCCGGGCCGGGACCCCCGAACGGGGGAGGCACAGCCGGGCUGAGCCGGCGGGUCCCGGCCCCGCUCGGGGCAGGCGCGGCCGGGCUGAGCCGGCGGCCGAACGUUCAAACCGGCCCCGCUCCCGGCGGCCCCGCGGGCCCCGCGCGUUUCCGUUUCCGCGGGUUACCGGCGACACGGCCCGGACAGCCCGGCCCGGAGCCACACCCGAGCACGGCCCGGAGGGAAUUUGAGUAUGUCCCUGUCAUGCUCGUCACAAAGUACUUUGAAAAACUGAAUUUGCCGGAAUAUGGUGAAAAAGAACAUGAGGCUGAGCAGAACCAAUGGAAUUGGAAUCGCUGCUCCAAGAGAAAUUUCCUGAAGGAAUAGCUCCAGUUUCUGGGUCUGCUUACCAAUGCAGAGCAGGGUGGCCAGAGAGGUUGAAGCCUACCUGCAGUGAUUUGAUAACUACAUAACUUCUGUCCAAAAACAUGAAAGAAAAAUAAAAGAUUGAAGAAAUUACUGAGGUCUUGUCUCCAGCCAAAGCUUCAGCCUGGACAUGAGGAGCACUGGUGUGCGCUGACCUUCCAGAGGAAAUCACUGUUACAGAACACAGAGAUAUCCCAGCCAGGAUACAGAAUACUCCCAAUUUGAAUUGUAAAAAUAUGACCAUUUAAGUAAAACACAUUCAGCAUUAUUUUUUUUUUUCACCUCAUUUUACCAUGUCCUCUUAUCUCUGUAACUGUCUCAGCAGGUUGCCACAAGUAACAUGAACACAGCUUAAGGCAUUCUUUCAAACACCUCA